GGUUCUUUAGUCAAGGGAGAUAUUUAGGUGUCAAUAGUUUUUAAAAAUCUGGUUUUCUUCAAAUAAAUGAUUUUCUUUCAUUCAAAUAACUUUACAAAUUUUGCCAGAUUAUAUUUCUUGUGAACACUUCCAACAAGAAUAAUUAUUUAAAGGUGCAAAAAUAUACAGAUCUACAAAUAUAUAUUUAUUUCUCGCGGUAUGAAACAUCAUUAUGGAAGUUGACGUGGCAAGCCAUGAGUGUGGCUUGAUUAUCUCAAAUAUCCGUGACACCAACUUAGAGUCCUCAGAUCUUGACUGCACUCUUAAUUUAGAAAAAGGAAAUAAUUCUGAAAUGCUAAUUGCUAACCAGAGCCCUGAUGAAGAAACAGAAACUAUUAUUUCAUCAGAUGGUGUCACUGAUGAAAACACAGUAAUACUUGAAGGCUGUUUGUCAUUCAAUCAGCCAUCAGACGAUGAUUCUGUUGUGUCACAACAAACUGUAAUUGAAUCUGGUUACACAGAAUUGGAUACUGCCUGGCAUAUGCAGAUGGUUGCCAAUGGUGAUAUAGAUACCACAGGUCUUGUCACUGAUGUGAAAACAGAAAACAUACAAACAGUUGGUGAGUUGGGAGAUGAAUGGCAUAUGCAAAUUCAACUGAUUAGUUUGGUUUCUGAUUCUGAGGUAAAAGUAGAAAAUGAAGAAACAGUGACUGCUUCUGGUGAACCUGCAGAUAAAGAAAGCCUUGUUGAAGCUGUUGAUAAUUCUAUGAGGGUGCAUGAAAUGCUUAAUCCAGCUGAAUCUAACAUUAUUCUUAUUCAGAAGGACAUUGAAACUGAAGAAAAUUGCAUUCCUCUAGAAGUUGUCUCAGCUGAUGGCUAUGGGAAUACAUACCUCGAUGUUGGGGUACAAACUAUAGGGGAAGAGUAUACAGUCACUGAGGAAGUGUGCAGUUCUGAUGAGAAAGAGGUUGUAAAAAUUGUUUCAACAGUACCCAAAAAAUAUGCUGUGACCUCUGAUACAUGUGCAAUAUGUGGCAUGAAGUUUCCCAAUCGAUCUGCCUGCCAGCGGCAUAUGAUUGGUGUGCAUGAAGAAGCCAAGCACCAAUGCAGCAAGUGUAAAAAAACCUUCUUUCGGUUAUAUUCCCUAAAGCUGCACAUUAAAAAGAAGCACAAUGGUGAAGGCCUGUUUUUCUGUGACAAGUGUAAAUAUUGUUUUAUUUGCAAAUACUACUUUGAUCAGCACCGAAAGAGAAAUUGCACACCUGUUCAUUGCCGAGAAUGUGGACGAGGUUUAGGCAAUCUCAUACAGCUACAUAAUCACAGGCGAUGGGUUCAUAAACUCAAGGUGUGACCUGUCCCAUUAUCAAUCAGGGAAUGUUAGCCUCUGUAAACAUUAUUACAGGUACAAGUCCCUGUUGUAUGCUCUUGAAUGCAGCAGCAACAGCCAUCAAAUUUGUGUCUUUCCACAUCUGGUGGCCUGAGCAUACACCACUUAAAAGCCAUCCACAUCAGGGUUGUGAAGUUGAGCACAUCAAACCCAUACCAUCCAGACUCAACCAAGUUUCAUGUCACAAAGCCACGCCAAGAGGUGAACUAUAAACCAGAAGAACCUUUAAUCCCUAUUGACUACUGCAUUGCUAUUAUAGAAAGAAAAGGGCGAGCAGAAGGUGGAAGGGAGAUAAUGAAUUGAAUGACUGACAUUUCAGGGGAAAUAACUAGGUGGCAUUUCUCUUGAUAUUUCUCUGGAAUAGUAACUUGUCGCUAAAAUUUACAUACUUUAUAAGGAAACUCGUCAACAGUUUCGUUUUUUCCCCCACCUCCAUGUGGUAUGGUGAAUCCCAUUUUUCUUCAACAUUACAUUUCUUUUUCUACUAUUUAGUCAUUCUGCCUGAUUUAGGGGCAUUUUUUUUUCAAGAAUACAGUCAUUUUUUAAAUAUUUUCUUUGUUCCUUGAAAGAAUUCAGGGGUUAAUACUAUUUUAAAAUAAGUAUUUGUUUGUAUCAAACAUGUAUACAUUUACAUGCUAUAAACACAGCCAGUAGAUGCACUCUUAAAAAAGAAACUUAGACAUUCAUCUACACAUAACCUUGCAUUUAUGUAUUAUCUAUGGAAAGAUGUGACAAAAAAUAUAUAUUUAAGUUUGAGUUUAAAAUCUCUUCACAUUCAAAUUUGAAUUUAUUAUUAUUAUUAAUAAAUCUGCAUUGUGUCCCUCCCUUUUUCAUUUGCACAUUUCUUUUCAAGCCACUUCCCCCAUACCCUCAAAAAAUGCACCCCUAUUAAUAACAAUGGCAGGAGAUAUACACCGCUCAUUAUUGUGGAAGUGGUGCUGUACUAAAUGCAUCAUGCUUUUUAGCUUCUGAGUUCAAAUCCCACCAGUAUCACCUUCUCUACUGUACUCAUGAUAUGCUGAAGUUUAUUUGACUCCCCCUCUUCCUUUAGUAAUUUGCCAUCUGUCUCAGUGAGAACUUAUUAAGGUGGCAGGCUGGCAGAAUCAGUAGCACCCAGCGAAAUUGUCAGCAACAUUUACUCUAACUCUUUAUGCUCUGAGUUCAAAAACUGCAGAGGUCAACUUUGCCUUUCAUCCUUCUAGGAUUGAUAGAAUUAAGUACCAGUCAAGUACUAGGGUUGAUGUAUGACAAUGUUUGGUUAUCCUUUCUCUCUAAAAAAUUGCUGGCCUUGUACCAAAAUUUAAGACAAUUAUUAUUAUCAUUUCUGACUUGUUUUCUUAUCUCAGUUGGAAUCAUUUCAAUUCAUAUAUAUUGCUUAUUGUUCCUAAAAAAAUUCCAGUUUCCUUUCUUUGAUAAUUUCUGGUUCCAAGCCUCUGUGAGAGACCAUUAUUUUCAUAGCAUGGCAUAAAGGUUAAAUUCUUGGCAAACUAAGUUUGUGACAGAGUUUUGGUUUAUUUGUCUUUUAGUAAUUUGUUGGAUGCUUUUGCUAUUCUGAGUUCAAAUCAUGCCAAGUUCAGUCACAAAUGUGUCAACUUCUUGGUCUCAUAAAGAAAGUACCAAAUACAAGAUACAAAGUUAGCCAUUGAUUCUAGUGAAAAGAAAAUAUUCUUGCCGAAAUUGUUCAUGCUUGGAAACUUCUGUUUUUCCCAACCUCUAAAGUGAACGUGGCCAGUCACUUGUAGAUCAAUAUCUGAUUUUGAAAGGUUAGAUAAUUAACAUCUUACUGGAGGGGAUUAAUAAAUUGUGUAUGUUAGUAAUGAACUAGAUGAAUGAGUGCUUGACCCCAAGAAGGUGAGUUAAUGUUGAAUCUCUAGAACAUAGGUUCAUGCUGGCAGAAUCAGUAAUCUUCCAGUGACACUCUAUUAUUAUAAGAUGAUGAGAGUCUUACUAAUAGCAGAGAAUGUUACUAAUAUCAUUUGUAAUUUUAAUACAUCCUGAAUAAUUUCUAUUUCUAUCAGCAUGAAACUUCAGGAUCUGAAAAUUUUAUCAAAAAGAAAUAAGUAUGCAUGCAUACAUACAUAAAUACACACACACACAUACACAACUUCCUUGUGACCUCAACUUGUAAUGAAAUUGCACAUCAUCAUAACAUACAACAUAUCUUCAGUUUUCAGUGGCCUAUUUUGAUUGAUCCCUCUCUGGGUUAUUAUAUAUAGUGAUGUACCCUAGGCUUCAUUUGGUCACUGGGGCACUGAGGAAAAUUUUUCAUGUGGGUGUUGCCAGUUGAAAGAAGUCAGUUUGGUGAUCUCCAUCCCUUCAAAGUAUAUUUAUUGCAAGUAAAUUUUUUUUAUUUUAUUGUGCUUGUGAAGUCCUAUUUACAACUAUAUGGACUGACCCACUUAGAGUUAAGUGUUUUUGCCAUGGGCACAGUACUGUUAUGGGAUACAAAGUGCCAUCUCUUCAAUCUGUAGGCCAACACCAGAAUGAAUUAAUCAUAUUUGUAUGUAUGUGUGUAUAUAUAUAUAUAUAUUGUCAUAUACACACUUUCAUACAUAGCAUUCAUGUACAUCAUAUGUAUCGAUACAAUCAAAAUGUGUUUUAUUUGUAAAGUUUCAUCUCUGUUUGUUACAUCUACAACAAUGACUAAAGUUGUAGACAUCCCUCAUCGAUUAACUGUUUGUGACUUUACUGAAGCACUUAUCAUCUCAUAGCUCGAAGUAAAAUCACUUAGAAUUAUUUAUAAAAAUGCCAUAUUGCCAUGUAUGAAUGCCUGUUAUUAUCUGAAAGAAUUCUCCAGUUUGAAUAAUUCUUUGUGAAUGUAUCUCUGUGCUUAAUUAUGAAAUCUUUGUUCUGAAUUAUUUUUCCAUAUCAUUUAUGGCAGGAGUGGAAUCAUUUUACCUUUUGGUAUUCUUUCCCUUUUCUUCCCUUCAUCUUUUCUGUAAUAGUCAGAAACUCCUGUACUGUAAUGCUCAUUAUUCAAAGUUCAAAUUCUAUUAAGAUCUAUGGUGUUGUGUCUCUUAUACAAGACUUCUCACAGCAUUUGAUGAUUAAAUGGUUGGUAUCACUCCACAUGCAUUGUGAAUCUUCAGAAACUUUUGCUAAAAAUUUGACAUUUCUAGAACCUUCCAAAUGAACAAAAAAUAAAGAAAUGGAAAAGAAAAUGGUUCUUUAAGCUUAGGAUGCUAUAUUCUAUCCUUUCCUGGUUCAAAUUUAUUUUAAAAAAUGAAAGGUUCUUACCAAUUAUGCUUCAACCAAAAUACAUUACUUUAAAAAUAAUUAAUUGCAGGAGAGUCACUUCUGUUGAGCAUUUCCUUAAUUUAAUGAUCCAUUUCUCCAGUUGUUGUCCACUUUUGCUACAGAGCAGUGAACCCUUAACCAUUUGUUUUCCCCCCUCCCCCUUCAACCUAACAUUGUUGUUGACUGCUUUCUUACAUGGAAAUGCUGCUAACCAUGUUUGCUUCUGUCAAUUCAUCUGUUCUCUCACUGCCACAGUUCCAUGGGUUUUUAAUCAUUGUUUGUGCUUCUAAAACCAAAGUAAUUAAACAAGACAAACCUGGACUCUUCCAUCCACCAAAUUUCUGAAAUUAUUGUUGACUGUUUACUUGUAAAUUGCAUUUAAUUGAACUUUUUAUUUUAUGUAUUUAUUUAUUUAUUUUUUGGUUAUCACUGCUUUUUGUAAUAUGAUUUGCACAAGACAAGAUUAAGCAUAGUUUCUAAUAUGUGUGUGUGUGUGUUUAUGUAUACACAGCCAAAUAACUUCUACAUUUGUACUUCCUUCAAGCAUGCAUGUUCAAUUAAGUCAUUAGUAAAAUUAUGUUUUUAAUGUCCUCUAGUCACUGCUGUGAGUUUUAACAUGCAGCUAAUGUUAACAAAUUAGCACCAAAUAACAUUUAUUUAAUAUUCACUCUUUUUGUUACUUAUUUUCUUCAUGUUAUUGCUCUUUUUUUCCUAUUUCUAACCAACUUAUUAUCCAAACUAAUAUGGUAAAUGUGACCCUGACAACAGUAAA